CGCAACGAAGAACACCAACCGAAAGGGAACCACGAGAUAUGUAGUUGUGUGGCUAGGAAUCCAAGUGUUGACAGUACUAUUCGAACGGAAUGAGCGAAAGCGACGGACCAACCCGGGAGGCAUCCACCAUUAACUUAGCCCAUGAACAAUAUCCAGCAUUUCAGUCCUUCACUCAGCGCAUUAACUCUGCCUUAGGAAGCUUCCGUGACAGGAAGAACAAGCAAGACCAUGCCUCCGUUCUCAGCGGGCUGUCUGGGCUUCGGGCUGGAAGCAAGGGCCAGUUAGAAGUCGACAAGAGCAUAUGGGAUCUAACCAAAGGCGUCAAGGUCCAAGAGCAGCAGGUUUCAACCGCGCAGAGUGCAUGGCAAGCAAUUUGUACGGACACCAAGACCGUUAUGACAACGGUCAGGCGCGAUCCCAAGGUCGCCUUCAUCCCGCUGCUGCUGCUCCUGCUGCUGCUGGGAGGCGGCCUGUGGGCGGUGUACGCGAGUGCUGCCCAGGAGACGGAGCACAGGCGCCAGGUGGCACAGCAGGUUGUUCGCGACAAGGCACUGUACUUGGAGACGGAGCUGGCCAAGGCCUUCAUGCCUGCCUACGUGUGCAGCGUCUACGUGCGCCGCGACCCCUCCUGGCCCGCCGUCAACGGCAGCUUCCCGCCCAUGGCUCUGGAGAUGAUCCGGCUGUCCAAGGCGGGCAGCGUGCUCACGCUCUCGCUCAUACCCAACGGGGUGAUUUACACCAUGGUCCCGCUCAACGGCAGCAGCCCCGCGGAUGACCUCAACUGGCGGGCCAUCGGGAAGGACUGGCUGCAGGACAAAUACAAUCAGGACAAGGUGCUACAGGCCAUCAGCACACGCAACCUCACCAUCAUCGGGCCCUACAACCUCACACAGGGCGGCAUAGGUAUGGUCGCCAUGCUCUCCAUCAAUAUCACCCCCGCCCCCGCCAACGCCACCUUCGACAUCCCGCCCUACGUGCAUGGCACACUCGGAGCCUGGCAGACCCCCCCGCGUGUGCAGCUCGGACCCAACCUCACGGACACGCCGUACGCGCCCUACAUGUACGACAACGCAACCUCCACGAAAUGGUGGGGCCUCACAACGGUGCUGAUCAGCUGGGACGUGUUGCGCGAGAACGUGACGCAGCUGGAGGACCUGGAGCUGCAAGGCUACGAGUACGUGCUGGCUCGACCCGUGCUGAGGAAGGAGCUGCUGCAGGCUCGUCCCGACCUGGCCAAUGGCUCCCACGAGCUGGCGGUGGCCUGGAGCAGCGGAGUGCAGGCUGUUCCCCUCAACGCCACCAACAAUCGGCUGCCCCCCAGGAAGCCCGGGGCCGCCCGACCGCUGGUGUACUACGACCUGCACGAGCGUCUGCUAUCCCCCGUGUCCGCCCUCAUCAGAGUGGAGGGCGCGCAGCUGACACUGUACGCACACCUGGCGGCCGGCUGGUGCCCGGCCUGGCGCUCCCCCAUGGCGGCCGUCACGGUGGUGCUGGCGGUGCUGCUGAGCCUGCUGCUGUUCCUGGUGCUGGUCAACCGGCGCCAGCACAUGCGGCUGCUGCAUGCCAUGAUCCCAAAAAAGGUCAUCAGCACCCUCCGCCGAGGCAAGGUGUUCACCGAAUCCUUCGAAGUGGUCACCGUUCUCUUCUCGGAUAUCGUGUCGUACACCACCAUGAGCGCCCAGAUGGCGCCCAUCGAGGUCGUACAGAUGCUGGAUGAGCUGUACGUCGAGUUCGACAACCUGGCGGAGAAGCACAAGCUCUACAAACUGGACACCAUCGGAGAUGCUUUCAUGCUGGUAGGAGGCGCCCCCGAGUCGGAUGUGGAGGGCGCAGCUGCCGCGGCGGCUCGAGUGGCGCAGAUGGCGCUUGACAUGAUCCUACUCACCAGCACCAAGGUGCUGGCGGGGGGGCACGUGGUGAAGAUACGAGUGGGGGUCCACUCGGGCCCCGCGGUGGCGGCGGUGGUGGGGCGCAAGGCACCCAAGUACACGUUGUUCGGGGAUACCGUCAACACGGCCAGCCGCAUGGAGAGCAACGGCAGCCCCAUGCGCAUCCACGUCAGCGCCGCCACCGCGGAGCUGCUGGGGCAGGCGGGGGGCUUCACGCUGGAGCCGCGAGGGGAGAUCCCGGUGAAGGGCAAGGGUGUCAUGUCCACCUACUGGGUGACCGGCACGCAGGCCUGGCAGUCCGGCCCGUGCCCCCGAGCUGAGGCCGCCGACAUCUCCGGACUGCACCCCCUCCCACUCGCGCCGGGGGUGGCGACCAUUGCGGAGAACAAGGAGGCGGAUCGCUGCCUCAACCCGCCGCCCGCGCAUCACGCCGGGGGCAGCAGCCAGAGGCCGGUUGUGGCAGCAGCACUGGCCUGCGUCACGACCGGCGCCGACAACAACAACACCAGCAGCGCCCCGGCGGGCGGUGGUGGUGGUGGUGGUGGUGCCGGUGGUGUCGUCAUGUCACCUGGGUGCAAGCCGGGACGUAGGUUGUCAGCUUUGAGCAACUCCACGAGCGGCAGCAACUCCCGCCCCGCAGCUGCCACUGCGGUUCCGAUGCCGACUGCCGCGAGCUGGGUGGGUCCGCCGCCACCGCCACAGCAGCAGCAGCAGCAAGAUCGGCAUGAGACGAGUGGGGCGGGCGGCGCGGGCGGCGGCAGCAGCAGCAGCGGCAGCAACGCCCUGGUGAGGGGGGUGGGAGGUGCGGAGGUGGUGACGGGGGGCGUGGGGGGUGCCGUGGAGGGGAGUGCGCGGGGAGGGGGGGUGAGGAGGGUGGCAGCAGUGGGAGGAGCGGCGGCGGCGGUACCUGCUGGAGCCGCUGCAGCAGGGGCCGCUGGUGGGCAGGGUGGGGUGUUGGCUUCCGGCAGUGGGCCGUCUGGUUGAGCUGGGGACCUGUGUAGAGCGGCUGGUGCAUGCCUGGGUGCGUGGCUGUCCGCUGUAGCGAGACUAGCGACAUGCACAGCUGCACACGUAGGGGCUGUUACACCAGUCGGUAGCUCACCCCUGGAGCCACUGUGUGUGUUGCUUAAUAGCACCGGCCACGAGGAGGAAAAACGUAUUUCGAUUGUCGUGUUGCGUUUGUUGUUGUCGGGUUUGUUGUUUUUGCUGAUGUUUGAGGUGGAUGCUUGCUAGGCUCGCGACGUCAUCGUGCGGGGUGGCCGAGCAGGUGUUCUUACACCACAGAACUUGUCACAUAUAUAGCGGAAGGAUGGAUUGCUCCAUUCGCUUAGUGUAUGUUUGUUUAAAUUUAAAUAAUAUAUUGUUGCUGCUGCUUUUGGUACUUGGUACUUGGUACGGCACAAUGGGUGCGUUUUGGUUUUGAGUUCGAAGAUGAGGUUUUGGGUGAGGAAGCGAAAUUUGAAGGAUACAAGAGCCAGGUAUUAGGAUAAAACGAAUAAUAAUAAAUAACAAUAUAGCAGUGCUUGGUGCUUGGUGCAGUGCCGGGAGGGCACACCCGACGAGGCUUGGGCGCUUAGGUGGGGCCAGUUUUCUGAGCACGCAAACAAGCAUGGGUAAGGAGGGGUGAGGGAAGGAGGGGUGGGAUGGUGCAAGGUGCAAGCAACUUGUGGUGGUAUCCGCCCACCGCGACAGCGUAUCUUGCAUCGCUCAACAAUUACGUACUUGCCCAUGCAACUUUUGAGGAUUCUUUGAAUUUCCAAAAUUUGCUUUCUUCACCUCAUCAUCGCGUACAUCGUCAUCAUUCCGUCAUUCGUGCACUCGACCCAACGUAUUCAGAUCCCUUGUGUGCUGCUGUGGUAGUGGUGGUGUCGUAACACAAUGUUACCAAUGUCGGGGAGGCGACAUGUGUGCGUAUGUAGGAUUGCGUGUUCUUGAGGGAUUCCUGCUAGGGAUGGGUUCGGACUUUGGAGUGGUGCCAAACACUCUGAAGAGGUUCGAAUAUGAUACUACCAGUACUGUUAGUGGAGAAGACUCAUGUCAGUGCAUAUUUCGACGACGACGUCCGCUAUCUUUUAUCCUGGGACAUGUUUGGGCUGCAGCGGUUCUGCUUUGCCGCUGCAUGCGCCUGCCACGAAGCGGGUUGGAGGGUGACGAUUGGAGGACUCGAGGCAUUACUUUGGAGGGUUCCGGCCAAGCAAAGCAGGCAGGGUAGGAUUGUACGAGGUGUGCUCAGCUGUUCGCAGCGAAACCAGCAUUGGUCAUACCUAUUAUAUAGGCGUCGUGGGGUGGGGGUCAGGGUUUGAAGCCCCGACGUGAUCCCUUCGGAGGACCGAAGGACGUGCUGCGUUGGCGAGCGCGCGUGUUUUCUCUCUUUCUUCCUUCUUUCCCAAAUGACUAGAUGACUGUGUAGGCGCGGUUGUGGUCAGGCGCCGGCUACUGAGCCAUUGUGUCGACCCUCUGCGUCCGUUGCUUUUAUCAAGUUGGGAGCCCCGAUGAAGGUAUCGUACAGGGUAUUGUUGUUGUGAAGAUGGAAGGCCAGGUUGAAAGGUUGUCAUUGCCGGGUGGGAGCCGGCGCAUGGAGCCAACAUGCACAUACGCAGUGGGAGCAGGGGGCUUGAGCUUGGCCGCUUGAUACAAUCGGAGGGUGCUUUCAGCGCGGUAUCAGGUGACAGGGAAGCACCGAUUAAGAAGCCCGUGAACAGGACACGCUGUAGUGAUACACCUCUUCCCAGCAUGCGUGGGUACAGUCAUGUCGGAUUGUGAUGGUGAGGAAGGGC